AAAAGGAUGUGUUUUUGGUUUUUCUAAAGCCAUUUCUGCAUAACCUUAUCACAGUCCUUUGCAUCAUGUGAUGGACAUCAAGAACUCAUUAGCCAUGUUAUAUUGCUGUAUUAAGUUUAACUAUAUUAGUUGCACAGACUUACUUUCUAUACAGCUUCGGUGAUAACAACUCAUCAAAUGCAGGAAGAUGGUCUUGGUCUAUUGACCAUCAUCAAGGGAACUUGCAUGUACCGUCCUUCACCGAGGCAUGAUUUGGUCAGGGAUUUCAUUCCUCCUAGUAUGACAGAAUUCAGAUAUGCAAUGGAUCAAGUGGUUGGGUCAUUUCGUUCCAUUACCGGAUCUGUAUUUUUCUCUACAUUGGAGGAUGGAAAGAUCGUAAAAGGUCUCUCUGGUGUUCCAGAAGAAGGUCCUGUCAUAUAUGUCGGUUAUCAUAUGUUGUUGGGGUUUGAGCUUAUCUCACUUAUAGAUGAAUUUUUGAGUGAGAAAGGUAUUGCCCUUCGCGGAGUAGCCCAUCCGGAGCUGUUCAUGCCUAAAGUGGAGAGUUUUUCAUCUGAGUUUUCUAUGUUUGAUUGGGUGAAGAUAUUUGGUGGGGUGCCUGUUUCAGCAAGCAACCUUUUCAAAUUAUUUUCAACAAAGUCACAUGUUCUUCUAUAUCCUGGUGGUGCUCGAGAGGCUCUCCAUUAUAAGGGGGAAGAAUACAAGUUGAUUUGGCCUGAUCAUCCGGAAUUUGUGAGAAUGGCCGCAAGAUUUGGUGCCACAAUUGUGCCAUUUGGAGCUGUGGGAGAAGAUGAUAUAGUUGAAAUGGUUCUUGACUACAACGACUUAAUGAAGAUCCCCAUAGUCAACGAUCGCAUAAGAGAUAUGAAUCGUGACCAAGUUAAGUUUAGAGAUGACAGAAGUGGUGAAGUAGCAAACCAAAAUCUCUCUUUACCUGUACUUGUACCCAAAAUACCAGGUCGCUUUUACUUUCUGUUUGGGAAGCCCAUAAGAACAAAAGGCAUGGAAAAUAUGCUAAAAGACAGAGAAAGUGCCAAUCAAAUGUACCUGCAGAUUAAGUCAGAAGUUGAAAACAAUUUGAAUUACUUGAUCAAGAAGAGGGAGGAGGAUCCAUACAGGAAUAUCAUCGACAGAAAGAUGUAUCAGAUAUUUUAUCCUCCUGAAACUGAUCCAACUCCAUCGUUUGAGCCCUGAAAAAUGUUUUCAUUCAUAGUACUCAUUCUUAUGUAAUCAUAAUUAUUUGUGAACAGAUACAUGUACAUGCCCAUUAUUCUUAUAAAAUGUGGUGCUUUUU